AUGGAGGCUGGCAAGCAAACUUCCCGAAAUCAAUUACCGGCGAACCAACGGCGACGGAUGCGAGCGACCGAACUUCCCGAAAUAGAGUUACCAGCGAACCGGCGGCGAUGGAGCCGGGUGAACGGAGGCGGCAGACUACCUCCGCCGUCCGAAUCCGUGGGAACCGAUGACGUAGCUUCGGAUGCAUUCUCUCCUCAGCUUUUGGGCUUCCUUCGGCGUGCUAUAGAUCGUGCAAAGCUUGCUUUGGACAGCCUUGAAGUUCCAGUUGGCUGUGUGAUUGUUGAGGAAGGGCACCUUAUUGCAGCAAGAAGAAACAGGACUAAUGAGACACAGAAAGCAAGAAGACGUGCAGAAAUGGAAGCUACUGAUCUUCUUCUUGAACGGAGGCGGAGGACUGGACUUCCGUCUGCAGAAGUUGCAGAGAAAUUUUCAGCAUGCUCCCUUUAUGUUUCAUGUGAAGUACGCAUAAUGUGUGCAGCAGCAUUAUCGAUCAUUGGUACAUUAGAAGCAUAUUAUGGCUGUGCAAAUGAUAAAUUUGGAGUCUGUUGCAUUGAAGUAGCUCCGGGGCAUGCAUUAGAUCAGUUUCUGAACUUGUCUGAUUCUGAUUUUUUGUUACUUCCAACUCUCACGGACAGAUUUUCCUUAAAUCAAUCACCACAUGAACCUCUUCCUGUUUUCCCUCCCUCUAUUUUUCAUCCCUGGCCAGCUCAUUAA